AUGAUAAGAUAUUUUGUUUUCCUUCUCUUCAUUCAAUCCUGCCUGAUAACUAAAUCGCAUUCCAAAUCAAUAAUUAGAAGACUUCCUGGAUAUGAUGGUUAUCUUCCUUUCAAACUAGAAACCGGUUAUGUGGGAAUAGGGGAGAAAGAAGAUCUAAAGUUGUUUUACUGUUUUGUUGAAUCAACGAGAAAUCCAAAAGAAGACCCUCUUAUAUUUCAUAUUCCUGGAGGUCCUGGGGCUUCUGCCUUAUUUGCCAUGUUGGAGGAAGCAGGUCCACUUACGUUAAUUAGCGACAACCUCACAUUAACAUUGAAUCCGUACGCAUGGACAAAGAUGGCUAAUAUCAUAUUCGUGGAUAUACCUGCCGGUACCGGCUAUUCUUACGCAGAAACCAAACAAGGGUGGACUAGUAGUGAUACUAUUCUUGCUGCCCAUUCUAAUGAGUUUAUUAAAAAGUUUCUGAUUGACCACCCCAAGUUUUUGCGGAAUCCAUUAUACAUAUCGGGAUACUCUUACACCGGCAUUGUCGUUCCAAAAGUCACUCUAGACCUAUAUGAAGGUAUUGAGCGUGGGGAGCAACCACCAGUGAACAUUCAAGGCUACAUUCUUGGCAGUCCUCUCACCGAUAAGUUCAUGGAUAUUAAUUCAAGAUUUGAAUAUGCUCAUCGUAUGGCAUUGAUAUCGGAUGAUAUUUACAAGGAAGCCAUAGACAAUUGUGAUGGUAAUUAUGUGGACAUUAAUUUGGCCAACUUAGUAUGCACAAAUAGUCUCCGAAGUUAUGAAGAGUUUCGUAUGUCGAAAGCAUUAAGUAAAUGGGCCAACACUGAUCUUGUACGACAAGCUCUCAACAUUCAUCAAGGAAAGGUUGGAAAAUGGGUGGUUAUCAACCAGACCUUGCAUUACAAGUAUGGAAAGAGUGACACAAUUUGUUACUCUUAUGACAUCUUUAGUAGUUUCUCCUAUCAUAAACAACUUACUAGUAAAAAUUGUCGAGCUUUGAUCUUGAGUGGGGAUCAUGAUUUCACAUUUCCACAUGUUGGCACUGAGCAAUGGAUAACUUUACUAAAUCUUGAAGUCCAAACGCCAUGGAAACCAUUUUACGUUGAUGAUCAAGUCGGAGGAUAUGUAACAGAAUAUGCACAAAACAAUUAUUCGUUGACAUAUGCUUCGGUUAGGGGCGCAGGGCAUACGGUUGUAUUUUUCAAGCCUAAGGAAUCUAUGGUAUUGGCACAAAGGUGGUUUUCUUCACAAACUUAUUCAAGCGAUUCGUAGAUGAGAUGAAAAAGACGCUAAUAAAGAGUUGUUUUAGUCAUGUGAUUCACCAAGAAACCACUGGUACUUUUAGUAUGCAUGCCCAUCUUGUUCUGUAGAUUGGUUCAUGUGUUUUGGCUUGAAUAAGUUAAGUGUUGGAAAAACUGAAUGCAAUAAACACA